AUGACAACAAUAAAUUACGGGGUUGACUAUUACGAGGUGGUUGGAGCAUCAGAAACAUUGACAGGAGCCAAGUUAAAACAAAAAAUCCUUUCAGAAUUUCAAAAACUAGAUGUAGAAAUUCGAACAACCAUCCCCCAAAGAAUCCAAAAGGAAGCCAAAGGAAAACUGCGAGUUGAGUUAGGUAGAGAGCCGACUCAGACAGAAGAGUUAGACUACCUUUACGAAAAAACUCAAAACCCCGACACUAACAAAAGAGAUAAAGAAUACGUGGAAAAAUCUCAAAAAUUUCAACUGGUAAAUGAGGCACGAGAAAUCUUGCUAAAUAGCAAUAAAAAAAGUCAAUAUGAUAACCUCCAUAAUAGAAAAAAAGAAGUUAAAUGUUAUGACCACAAUACAGGAAUUUAUGGCGGCAAAUUAGAAGCAAAAUGGGCCUCCAAUGCCUAUGAAAAAAAGCAAUCUGAAAUUCAAGAAGUAGAAAAUAGGUUACGGAAACUAAAUCUUACUGAAUUCAAAAAUACGGUAGAAGAUUUAUUAAAUCAAGAAGCAGCCGAUAACGAAUUAGAUGCCGAGAACAUGAAGGAAGAAACCCAAGAAGCGAUCGAAAAAGCCAAAAAUGACCCCACUUCAGAAAAAAUAACCCAAGCCGAGGAGAAAAUUUGCCAAAAUGGAGCCGAUAACAGGCUAAAAACCCUUCUAACUCAAAUUGAAAAUAGACUUAACAGCAAUGAUUUAGAUUGGGAAGAAAUAUCUGAAGCAAUCGUUAACUUAUCAAGUUAUUUAAGCACUGAAAAUAAAUAUCAAAAAAAAGCUUAUGAAAAUCAAGCAUCUCACUUAAAUAGCAUACUAAAUCGACUACAAAAUAAUACCGAAGAAACUACUCAAACUCCUUGGUGA